GGCGCAAGCACGUGAGACUCACACCAGUCCAUGCGCGAACCAUGCUUUCGCUGAACUAAGUAAUAAGCUUCAUCGGGCGCUGCAAGCCACAUUCGAACGUCUAACAGUAGUUCAAUGCCGUUGCCAUUUUUGAUCUGCGAUUCUCAGCAGCUUGACCCAGUCGGCACCUACCCCUUCGGCUGGAUUGGCUCACUAUAUUCAACUUACUGCUCCAUUGACUUUUGGUUGCCGAUGUGACAAGUCGCUGUUGACACGUACCGGCCUAUCUACGUCCCAGUCCCGUGGACGAACUUUUCCGGCAUUUGUUUUGCGCUCGUUUGGUAUGGGUUCAGACUCGGACCAUGGUACACCGACAACGCCUUGCUCUGCACUGUUAUAUUUUGUAUAAGGGACGGCUCGUUGUCCCUAGCCUAUAUCGCAUGUUUUGUGCCCUUGAAUCGUUCUUUGUAACAUCUUGGCUAUCAAGAUGCUGUCGAGUUGUGCGGUUCUGUUCGGCCUCAUGCUUUUAAUAUCGACAACAAUGGCAGACUCAAACAUCACUCCGGCCACCACAGUGGUUUCCAUGCUAGGCAUGAUACCACAAUGUUCAGUACCGUGUGUUCUGGAAGACCUUUUCACAUCGGGUGGUUGUCCGAUGACAACAGCAAAAGAUCUGGCUGCCUGUGCCUGUGCAAAUAUCACAAUUCAAGCAUCAUUGUCUACAUGUGUCCAGAAGUCUUGUGGCUUUCAAGAUCAAAAUGAGGUAGUUGCUUUUGCUAGCAAUCUCUGCGAGGCAUACCCCAAAGAAUCUCGAGCCCAUGAACUGAAAACAAUCUCCAUCGGCACUAUUGCAAUCGCCGCUGCAUUUCUGCUCUUGCGCCUGUACUCCAGAUGGCUGAAGACACGGCGACUUUGGUGUGACGACGCUUAUGCAAUUCUCGCCGCUGUUCUUUUGAUCACAGUCUCGGUCAUCAUCCUUGAGAUGUCUUUAAAAGGAUUCGGUCUCCACUACUGGAAUGUACCAACCACAAAUGCCGUCAUACUUCUCAAGCUCUUCUAUGUAUGUCAGAUGCUGUACGUCGCAGUUCAGAUUGUUUCGAAGAUCGCCAUUCUUGCGCUGUACUCUCGCUUAUUCCCGGAUCACAUCAAGUGGUUCAGGUGGAGUGUACGCGGUAUGUUCGCAUUCAUGAUUAUUCACGGUCUAGUUUUCUUGCUUCUUGUCGUUUUCCAGUGUUUGCCUAUCAGUGCUAUCUGGGAUAAGACAGUCACCAGCGCGAAAUGCCUUCCGGUAUCUGCGGCCAUUGGGUUCACUGGCGCGGGUUUGAGCAUUUUGGAAGACAUUAUCAUACUACUUCUUCCUCUUCCUGUGGUGUGGAAGUUGCAAAUGAACCUCAGAAAGAAGAUUGGUGUUAUCUUCUUGAUCAGCGUAGGGUCUUUUGCACUCAUCACCAGCAUCGUCCGACUCAAGUAUCUGGUCAAGUACUCGAAUUCUUUUGACUCGACAUGGGACAAUGUUGAUGUUAUCAAAUGGUCUCUUAUCGAAAUCCUAUCUGCAUGCAUCUGCGGUAACCUGUUGCCCCUCCGCCCGCUCCUCGAGGAGAUCACGCCAUCUCUCCGCUCGAUGUACAGCUGGUAUUCCGAUCGCAGAUCUUCCCAAAAGUCAUCCGAAAAAUCUUCAGGCGAACUUGGUCGGUCCGAUGGUUCGAACAAGCCAAAGUUUCUUCCUACGUUUCACUUUACUCGCGUGUCGAAAUGGGACUGGAAUAAUACGACAUCAUCAGACCAGAACGCGAUACUUCACCCUCGUACUCCCACGCCGGCAUAUUUCACAGACGGGUCCAACAAUUUUGAGGAAGACUUUGUGCAGGAUCUACCAGUCCGGAACACACCCACAGCCUUUAUGGAAUCGCAGAAAAUGGAAUCAAUGGUCACGUCAUCCCAGAUGACUAUGGGCACUGACGGGAAGUCAAGCCGAAGCAGCCAGACGGAUCUCAUGCCGCCUUCGAGAGAUCGAGAAAAUCGUAUCUCGGGGCCAUGGAGUCGUGCAUUCGCGCUUCUUGACCGACGUUAAUUUUUAAUGAUAUUCUCUCACGGCCAAACAAUUCUACGACCUCUUUAGAUUAUGGAAUCACUAAUCCCAAUCGUUUCAUGCACAUCCGAUACCAAGUCGAAGUUUGCGUGAGCUGUCCAAGAUAAGAUUGCUGUUGGAUACAUCCACUGUCGAAAAAUGCGCAGCAGGUGUUGUUUUACAUGCGGCAAGCGUGUACGUACGCGUUGCGCAAGUUAAAUUGUGGCGUUACUAGAAUGGAAUGGGAC